AUGGAGUUUAAAGAGGCCUUUUGUCUGUUCGACAGAGAUGGAGAUGGUUGCAUCACUGCUGAUGAACUUGCUACUGUGAUCCGCUCGUUGGAUCAGAAUCCAACCGAACAAGAGCUUCAAGAUAUGAUCAAUGAGAUCGACUCCAAUGGUAACGGGACCAUCGAAUUUUCUGAGUUCCUCAACCUCAUGGUCACCAAAAUCCAGGAAACUGAUGCAGAUGAGGAGCUGAAAGAAGCAUUCAAAGUGUUUGACAAAGACCAAAAUGGUUACAUCUCUGCCAGUGAGUUGAGGCACGUGAUGAUCAAUCUUGGUGAGAAGCUCACAGAUGAGGAGGUUAAUCAAAUGAUUAAGGAGGCAGAUUUGGAUGGUGAUGGUCAAGUCAAUUAUGAUGAAUUUGUGAGGAUGAUGAUGACCAGCGGUUAA